AUUUCUUUUAUAAAGUUUGAAUUUUUUCAGGUGAUAAUCUUCCAUUUGAACAGAGGUCACCACCUCCAUUCUCCUGCAACCCCACUGUUUAAUCACUGCUUCUGAUUCUCUGUCUUGCGACACAGGGUUUCAAGGGUGAAUUUGUUGGUAAAAAUCCUAUAUUCAAGCCUUCUUUCUUGUGGCUGUUGAGUAUUCAAGAUAUUUGAAGUUCUACAAGGAAAUCACACUUUUGGUGAUUAUGCAACUCUAGCCUUGUGGCCAAAGUUGUUGAUUAUUGAAAUGGGGGAGCACUUUCUUAUGCAGAGAGAAACAAAAUCUUUUAAUGCCAGUUCUGAAAUAAACAAUAAUCUAUCUUUAGUGACAAUCGGUGAAGCUGGUCAUUCCUCUGAAAUUGAUAGCUUCAGUGUAGGAGAACUCUUACUUUCUAAUGGAGAAUCAUAUUCUGGGACCCUUUUUGGCAAUACUCCUGAGGGCCAUGGUACCUAUGUGUGGUCUGAUCGGUGUGUAUAUGAAGGUGGCUGGAGGCGGGGGAUGAGACAUGGGAAUGGAAAAAUAAGAUGGCCUUAUGGAGCUGUGUAUGAGGGUGAGUUUUCUGGUGGCUAUAUCCAGGGUACAGGGAAGUAUAUUGGUUCUGAUCAUUUGACCUAUAAAGGUAGGUGGCGAUUGAAUCUUAAACACGGUCUUGGUUAUCAAGUUUAUCCUAAUGGAGAUAUCCUUGAAGGGUCUUGGAUACAAGGAACACCAGAGGGGCCUGGAAAGUAUACCUGGACCAAUGGAAAUGUAUAUGUAGGGAAUAUGAAAGGUGGAACGAUGUCAGGAAAAGGAACUCUCACUUGGAUAAAUGGGGACUCAUAUGAAGGAAGCUGGUUAAAUGGCAUGAUGCAUGGUUUUGGAGCGUACACUUGGAGUGGUGGAGGCUGCUAUGUUGGGACUUGGACAUGUGGUCUUAAAGAUGGCAAAGGAACCUUUUAUCCAAAAGGAAGCCAUCUUACAUCAGCGCAGGAAAUUUACCUCAAUGCCUUGAGAAAAAGAGGGCUAUUGCCUGAUUUGAGAAAGCAGAAUCUGGUGAGAGGUGUCAAGGUUGGUGAAAACCAGAGAUCGAAUCGUGUUUCAUCUGAUAAGCUUGCUAAAGGAAACCUGUUAAAUCUUGAAGAUUCUAGUAGAAGAAAUGUUUCUCUUGAAAGGCGCUGGAGUCUUGAGGUAUCUAUCGAGAAAGGGAUCGGACAUGAUUCAACCUUAGGCUCAGCAGAAUCUGUAUCACAAAGCAAAGAUAAAGAGGCUAAUGCAAAGAUGCCAAUUUUGGAACGAGAGUACAUGCAAGGCGUAUUAAUAAGUGAGCUAGUUUUAGACAAAUUUUUAUCAAAGUCUAGAAAGGAGCGGCGGCUUCAGAAGAAACUCGCCAAAGAGAUUAAAAGACCUGGUGAAGCAAUCAUUAAAGGUCACAGGAGUUAUGAUCUAAUGCUCAGUUUGCAGCUGGGAAUAAGGUAUACUGUGGGCAAGAUUACGCCUGUACCAAGGCGAGAAGUUCGAGCAUCAGAUUUUGGUUCCAAAGCAAGCUUUUGGAUGAAUUUUCCUAGAGAAGGUUCUCCAUUAACCCCUUCUCAUCAAUCAGAGGAUUUUAAAUGGAAAGAUUAUUGUCCAAUGGUGUUCAGAAAUUUAAGAGAGUUGUUCAAGAUUGAUGCUGCUGACUACAUGAUAUCCAUUUGUGGAAACGAUGCUUUGAGGGAACUAUCCUCUCCAGGGAAAAGUGGCAGUGUCUUUUUCCUGUCACAGGAUGAUCGGUUCAUGAUCAAGACGCUGCGAAAAUCUGAACUAAAGAUUUUUCUAAGAAUGCUUCCAGACUAUCAUCAUCAUGUGAAGUCAUACGAAAAUACACUCAUCACGAAAUUUUUUGGCCUGCACAGGAUUAAGCCUUCAAGUGGUCAAAAGUUUCGCUUCGCAGUAAUGGGAAAUAUGUUCUGCACAGAGUUAAGGAUACAUCGGAGAUUUGAUUUAAAAGGUUCGUCCUUUGGACGAUCAUCAGACAAGAUAGAAAUUGAUGAGAAUACCACUCUUAAAGAUUUGGAUCUAAAUUACUCCUUCUUCUUGGAACCAUCUUGGCGGGAUUCUUUAUUGAACCAAAUCAAAAUAGACAGCAAAUUUUUGGAAGCACAGCACAUUAUGGAUUACAGUCUUCUUCUCGGCGUUCACUAUCGAGCACCCCAGCAUGUCCGUCCUCUCAUGUCAUACAACCAGAGGAGUAUAAGUACGGAUGGAUUAGCAGUGCUUGCAGAAGAAGACCCUCUGGAAGAUGAAGUAUUCAACUAUCCACAAGGCCUUGUUCUGGUUCCUCGAGGAGCAGGUGAUAAUAGUGUCGUUGUGGGCUCACACAUGAGGGGUGGCCGAUUGCGAGCUUCAUCCGCCGGGGAUGAGGUGGUGGAUCUACUUCUACCUGGUACAGCAAGCAGACUUCAAAUCCAGCUAGGGGUGAAUAUGCCAUCAAGGGCAGAGCAGAAUCAGAUUAUAGGAAAGCAAGAAAAGCAAAUGUUCCAUGAGGUGAACGAUGUUGUACUGUACCUGGGUAUCAUUGACAUAUUGCAAGACUACAACAUGACUAAGAAGCUUGAACAUGCCUAUAAAUCUCUUCAAUUUGAUUCAGUAUCUAUCUCAGUUGUGGACCCUGCAUUCUACUCUCGUCGUUUCCUGGAAUUCAUCCAGAAAGUGUUUCCACCAAAUGCAUCUACAGGUUAAAGGUUUGGGGUCACAUUUGACACAUUAGUUCAUAAAAGAUGUUUCAUAAACACCUCAUUUAAACCUCACCUGAAGUGAGAAAUGGAUAACACAGCAAGAAGUGAGAGAUAUGAUAGGUGAUGUGAUGAGAAAAGAAGAGAGAGAUACAGAGAGAAAAGAGGUGAAAGUGGUAUGUAGGGAAAUAGUGUGUGAAUAUAUCGAAGUUAUUAGUUUAUUCACAAAAUAUGAACAUUGCAUUGUCACCAAUUAUGCUCACUAUAGAAUUUUCUUUUUUAUAUUUUCAAAUGAUGUUGGCCACAUUAGUGCGAGUGUGGGGGCCAAGUAAUCCUUUGUAAUUGUUUAAAGUGAGGCUAUGCGCACUCAUGUGCAAAUAUAUUAUGCAAGAAAUAAGGAUCUUUGGCCAGAUCAAUGGUCUCAUGGGCUA